AUAGGAAUAACAACUGGAAGAAUAAAAGAAAAGCGAUAUAAUUAACAAAUUUACUAAUACUAUCACCCUACAAAAAAAAAAAAAAAAAGAUGCAAACUGUGUGAACCUUGAAACCACUAUGUACACAACAGAGGCUCCAGAGCCGCCUGGAUAUGAAGACGGACAGAGCGAGCUGGAAUUCAGAUGGUGGGCCAACGUAGGAGGAACUGGAAGCCUGGAAUGCACCGUGGGAGCAGCCCCGGCGCCCAACUUCCGCUGGAGCAUCGAUGGCGAAAGGGUUCUUUUCAACAACAGGAAAUAUUUCAUCAGGCGUCCCAAGUUACUAGACGACCUCGCCGUAUGGUCGUCGGUGUUGGAGGUUCGAAACGUGACUGUGAUUGACUACAAGACUUACAUCUGUAAGGCAACGAACUCCAGGGGGACCUAUACUGCUAAUCACACCCUGGGACCUCCAGUCCCUCCUCUACAACCGCUCAAGUUGAAUGUAAGUAGUGUUAUGGGAAGCACUGCCAUCUUUUCAUGGUUACCACCCAGCAGAGGGACGUCUCCUUCAGGGUACUCCCUCAAAUAUCGUCCUCUGACGGGAAAUAAAUAUACCUUCAUAGACGCCGUUGGGAGCAACCUAACCACAGCGACGAUCCAGGGCCUGACACCGGGCACUGGGUAUGAGGUCAUGAUCCAGUCUUUCAAUGACCAGGGACGGUCUCCAUUCGCCCUUCCCCCAACACAUUUCACGGUGCCAGGAGUUGAAGAAGAAGUAGCAAGUAGCAGUAGCCAGCCCAGAGUUCCGCGUCUGACACUCCUGCUGAUGUCUUUGACUGGAGCUGCGCUGCUGGUUCUAAACAUAUCAAUAAUCAUCUGCUUUUUCAAACGCUUCACGAAAAUGCGACGGACUUCGAACUCCUACAAGGCCUGUUACACCCCUGCCUCCACUCCUGGAAUCACCACGGACGAAGAGGACAGGACUGGAAGCUCAGACAUUGUGUCUUCGCCCUCUCAUUAUCAGGUCAGGGCGAUACCUAUCUUUAACGUUAAAUGGCGUGUCAAGGAAUUCGCAGAAGGAGAGAAGACGAAGAAGAAGAAGAAGAGAAGAGGACGUAACACUGACCGUCCACCAUAUCAGAACAGAGCCGCCAGCGGCUCUGAAACCUCCAGAGAACCCUUUGCUGUCUGGGUCGUCUUUAGAGAAAUUACCGGCUGCUAG